AUUCGAGUUAAUCUAUUGUAGUUUAUUACCGAAAGAUGGCUUUGAAGUCGAAGAUUGCAUUACUCAUCACAGGCCUGUUGGCCAUGCUCGUUUUCAUUUCCUCAGAGGUAGCUGCAGCCAGGAAUUUGAAAGAGGGUGAGGUAGUAAGAGAGACAAAUAGAGUUGGUGAUGCCAAAUUAGUUGGUGGUAUUCAUGAUGUUAGCAAACUUAGCAUCCCAGGCAUUGGUGGGAAUUUCAUUGGUGGUGUUUUCCCAGGCAAUAUUGGUGGGGGUUACAUUGGUGGUUCCAUCCCAAUCAUUGGCGGGGGUUACAUUGGUGGUUUCCCUAACAUUGGUGGUGGUGGUGGUUUCCCUAACAUUGGUGGUGGUGGUGGUUUCCCUAAUAUUGGUGGUGGCUUCCAAGGCCAAGCGUUUUGCAGAUUCAGCUGUUGUGUUCAGGAUGCAAUGGGAAGAUGCUUAAGGUGCUGCUCAAUCUCAAGAUAAUUAAGAUUCACAAAUUAAUAAUGAGACAGUGUAGUUCUAUGUACUUAUAAUAAUAUAUUUCAUGAAUAAAUCUCAUGUUAUGAGAGGCAUGAGGGAUAGAUAUUUGACAAGUGGAAAUCGUGAUGAUGAAUUACCUCGUUGUGCUUGUGUUAUAUGUUUAACAGCAAACGGGAACAUCUCUAGUGUACAAAUAGUUUGUCAUAAAUCGUGAGUUUUACUUGUACUGUUAUUAUA